AUGCCACAGCGUUCACCAUUCGCCAUACAAGAGCUGCUCGGCUUGAGCAAUCCCGCCGCAGCAGCAGCCGCUGUGGCUGCAGCCGUCGCUAAAACACACGAACCCAGCGAAAGCGUCAGCGCGUUGAAGGACCACGACACGCCGUCUACAAAAACAAAGGAAACUGUUGUAACAGCAUCUACUGACAGCACACCACCACCCACGGCAAUAACGACGCGUACGCCAUCGCCCAAUCAGCCAGCGUUGGCUGCCAAUAGCAGCAGCAGUGGCAGCGCUAGCAGCGCAACCACUUCAUUAAACACGACCGCAACAGUGGGCACCAGUGCGCCCGCACUGUCGGCGUCUGUGGUCACCACGGCGGCAAAUGGCAGUAUUGCAGCAGGGCCGUUUAGUGUUGCCGCCGAUCAGCAACAACAGCAGCAUGCUCUGCAUUUUUGCCACAUAAUCUAA